GAAGAUGCUUGUAGGUUUUUGCUUUUGCUUUUAUUCUAUGCAAGCCGCCUGGGCAGGCUAGAGGACAUUCCACCAAUAGCCUACCACUUCCUGGUCAAGCAAGCAGCAGGCAGGGCAGCAAGAGCAUCGUUUGCGGAACAAUACUACACACACACCCGUCCAUCUGGAAACACGGGACUGACUGUGCUUGCAAACACUGAUUGCGUUGGUGACUGUAGGCCAGGCAGGGAGGUGUGUCUAGUGCUGUUGGAAGGAAGAGGUAAAUGGGUGGUGCUUGUGUGAAUAUCGUGGCGCCCGAGUGGAGGUGUUUUGUAGGUGACUGUGUAUCAACAGAUGCGUCUGUGUCCUAGUAAAAGCACUGCGGCUGUUAAUCUGGACAGAAGCAGCUCGUAGGCUACACGCAGUAGGCAACCUGACGGUGGAGGUUGCAAUAUUUCAUCAAGACAACAAAAGGGUGAGGCACUUUCAAGGCGGAGAGAUCGAGGAAACUGAUAAAGCACCAUUGGUCUUUAGCACCACAGAUCAUGGAGCACAGCCCUCCACACUUCCUCCAGCAGAAGGGCUAAGAGAAGCUUCCAGGCAGUGCUGACUGACCGCUCUGCUCCCCCCAUGGCCAACAACAGCAGUCCAGACCAGAGCCAGGGUCAGGGCCUCAUAGCCAACAGCAGUUCAGCCCAGCCUCUGGGCCAGGCUGGGGCUGUAGUGGCCUCCUCCACCCAGCCUGAUGUGGUGGUCUACUGCAAGCUGUGCCUUAGUGAGCACACCUCAGCAGCAACCAGCACGCUGCACACCUGUGACUGUGUCUUCUGCACCCCGUGUCUGCAGCAGUAUGUUCAGCUGGCCAUCCAGGAGGGUGGGGGCAGCCCAGUCACAUGUCCAGACAUGGCUUGUCUGAGGACAGGAGUCCUACUCCACUCAGAGAUAGCCUGUUUUGCUUCUGCGGAUCAGGUCGAGCUGUACCAGCGGUUGGAGUUUGAACGAGGGGUACAGCUGGACCCUAGUAGAGCAUGGUGCCCGGUGCUGGAGUGCCAGGCUGUCUGCAGCGUCGGGCCCAGCUCAGAGGGCCAGCCUACGUCCGUACCCUGUCCAGCCUGCCGCACCGUCUUCUGCUCUGGCUGUAGAGGGCCCUGGCAGGACGGGCACGCCUGCCCUGAGCACCAGCCUAUGACAUCAUCAUCUGCCUCAGAGAGCAGCCUUCAUGCUGGGGGCCGGUCAUGCAGUGACUCUGAUCUGCCCAUCAAGCAGUGCCCCAUGUGUGGUGUGUACAUCGAGAGGAACCAAGGCUGUGCCCAGAUGCUGUGUAAGAGCUGCAAACACACCUUCUGUUGGUACUGUCUGCAGAACCUGGAUGGUGAUAUAUUUCUGAGGCACUAUGAUAAGGGGCCAUGCAGGAACAAGCUGGGCCACUCCCGAGCCUCCGUCAUGUGGAACAGAACACAGGUGGUGGGCAUCCUGGUUGGCGUCAGUGUCAUCGUGCUGUUGGCCUCUCCUCUCCUCCUGCUGGCUUCACCCUGCGUCCUGUGCUGCCUGUGCAAGCCCUGCCGAGGCAAAAAGAAGAAGAGGAGGAAGAAGAAAGAGCUCACACAGACAGACGUACAGCCAGAACUCAGUCCCACCAAGUCAUAAAGAAAGACUGCUCCUUAUUCUCACCACGGUCUGGGAAUGGAUCCAUUGUCAAUUCAGGAACUGAUUUUAAUUAAUGAAUGAAAACACUUAAUUGAAAAGAAUGGGGUAAUUUCCAAAUCAUUGCAUUUUAAAUAAUGUUAUUGAAUUGACAGAAUUGAAAACUGACGAGUACCCAGAUUCCCAACAUCUCACACACACAUACAGUACAGGACCACUGUCUACCACCUUCAUGUGCCAAAUGUCACGAUGCCAAACCAGUCUAGUUACAGUAGGUGCACAAGUGCCUCAAUCCUACAGUGCCUGGUAUUUGUUUUGCCUUCCAUUAUAUUAUGCAAAAAUGUGUGUUGUUUAUGAAAAGGACGACUGUAUGUAACAUAGGAAAAAAUCCGUAACCAAUGCAAAACAUUGUUUCAUAAUGUGCUGUGGAAGCAUUGUGCUGUGGAAACUGCAUUGUGCUGUGGAAACUGCAUUGUGCACUGUAUUGGAUACUGGGAGAAAAAUGUGUACAUCCAAAAUGGCACCCUAUUCCCUACAUAGUAUGCUACUUUUGACCAGUCCCUGGUCAAAGGUGUGCACUAUAAUGGGAAUAGGGUGCCAUUUUGGAAGUACCCAAUGAUAUAGGGCUUCAAAGGUGCACAUAGAAAUAUUUUCGGCUGCUGACAGAGUUUCCACCUGGAAUUCCAGACCAAAUUUCUGUUGGAUUCUAUAUACUACUACUACUACUACUAUAAUGUAUGUAAAUAUGUAUUUAUGGAAUUGUGUAUAUGGUGGGUCCUGUCUUUUCUACUUUUUUCGUUGAUGUUUCUGCAUCAGAUAUUUUGUAAAAGAUCCAUUGUAAUUGAAAUAAACAUCAGAUAUUGAACAUG